CAUGUUCCUCGUUUGGAAUCAAAAGGUUCUCUCUUUCUCUCUCUUCUUCCGAUGAACAAGAAGUCCAGUAAUUACGUUUUAGCCAUCAUCUUCUUCCUUGGUUUAAUCUCCUUCUCUCUAUGCAUUACAUCUGAAAUCAAGAAAACUAAGAGGAAAGAUCUUAAAUUGGAUAACAAGUUCUGUUUUUUGCCGGAAAGUUCUGCUUUUGGGUUGGGAAUUCUGGCUAUUUGCUUUCUGGUUGUUGCUCAGGUCAUCGGAAACUUCAUUGUUUGCCGGAAUUUCAUUCGCCGGAGGAGGAAAUCCGGUGAGGAAUUGAGGAGUCCGGUUGUUCAUAUCAUCUUCAUGGUUCUUUCAUGGAUGAGUUUCGGGAUCGCAAUGGUUUUAAUAAGUGCAGCCACAAGCAUGAACAUGGUGCAACCAUAUGGGAAAGGAUGGCUAGACGGCGAAUGCUAUCUGGUCAAAGACGGAUUCUUUGCGGGCUCGGCCAUCCUGGUCUUAGUGGCAGUUGGCUCAACUAUUCUUUCGGUGGCUGUAUCCGGAAACAAAAGAACAAGCCAAAUUGUACAAAGCCCAAAGAUGCCAUGUCCAACUUGGAUCAAAUUCAGCAGCAUAUAGCUAGGCAAAAAGUUUUUUUUUUUUAAUUUGAAGAAACAAACACAAAUAUAAAGACAUACAAGAUAACAAAACUUGAUUAUUAAUUCUUUAUACUUUGAGAGAAAAGAAUAAAUAGACUUAGAAAAGAAGAAAAACAAACAGACUAUGAUGUCUCACCUUGUUAUAUAUUUCUGUCCAAGAUAGAAACUAGUGCAGAUAUCACCUAUAAUAUUAAGUCUUGUUUGGA